GGACGAAGCCAGUGGUAGACUCGGAUACAUUGAACUUCACACAGAUACAGCAGAGGAUGAAAUGUACAGUCACCUCGUCAGCAAUAUAAAGCACCACCAAACAGUAAUAGGUUGUCUAAGCCAGUUGGAAACCGUGAUGAGUCACUCAACGCUGAUACUCCUGUCAUCCAAUAUGGUCUGCAUCUGCUUACACAUCUUCGUGACGGCAGUGCUGUUGCAGGAUGAAAUUCAGUUUGACAAGACUUUCAAGAUGAUGUGUGCGUUUGCAAUCUACACGUACCAGACUGGGCUCUUCUGCUUAAUUGGACAGACCAUAAUCGACCAGAGUGAACGGCUGGUGAAUUCGGCGUUCAGCUGCGCCUGGCCGGACGCCGAUGCCCGCUUCAAGCGGUCGCUGUCCGUGUUCAUGGUGAGGUCAGCUCGCCUGCUCGAGAUAAGGGUCGGCAAGAUGUACACUCUCUCCAGGGAGACCUUCUUGCAGAUUCUAAAUGGAUCCUACAGAUUAUUUAAUUUACUGUAUCAGACCAAUCUAGAAAAUUAAGAAAUUGUCCUCUGAAAUGUGGAUAACUGUCUCAUAUUAUUUCAGAGACCAGCAUGUUUCUUGAGUUUCA